AGGGCACAUCAGCAGGCAGAGAGAGAGCAAGGGAGAGAGAGAGCGAGAGAAUGUAUUGAGUGUUGGAGGAGGACAUACAUGCACAGUGUACAGAGAGCGAGAGAUACACAGAUAGAGGGAGAAAGAAACACACAGAGAUGGAGACAGAGAGAGAGGAAACCAGUUCAGAUUAUAGGGCUAAGUAAGGAGUGAGAGUAUUUUAGCUUCCUUCAACCGUCUCUCCCUCGCAUCCCAGCACAAACACAUGCUCAUACGCACUCCCACCGUCUCUCCCUGACUCUCACACACACACUUGCACGCAAACACACGCACACAUAUACACACACAGGCACAAUUGCUUUAGGGUAUACCAGUCGGCUUUGGCAGUCCUCUCCUUUGUUGUUUUUGCUUUUGGUUAGUCUCAGCGGCGGCGCGGCGUGUGCCUGUAUCGCCGGGGUGGGUGCGUGUGUGUAUAUGUGUGUGCGGAGUCUGCGAGGCGGCGUGUAAAGGAUGCCACUAGCAGUACCCAGGUAAGUCAGUUCCUUCCCUCUGUCCCUUUCUUCCUUCCUCUCUCUGCCUCUCUUUUUCUCUUUCUCUGUGCAUUUCUUUCUUUCCGUUCCUCCUCUCUGAUCUGCACUCUCUCCAUCUCGCCAGGGAUGCUCGCCUCCCUCCACAUACCGUGCACACCCGCUAUGCACUCUCUCUAUUUCUUUAUCGCUCUCUGUGCGCUCUCUCUCUGCCUCAGUGUCUUUCUCGGUCUGCGUUACAACGUCUCCUCCCGACUGUGCUCUCGCCAUCCCUGCUUCCCUCGCCUGUUUCCUCCGCUCUCUCUCUCUCUUUCUCUCUCUCUCCCUCCCUCCUGCUCGCUCUCUCUCCAGGCUGAGCCUCAUUGGUGUGUCCUGAUUCCCGUUUUCCAUUAGGCUCCAGGCCCAUUGGUUGCCUGCCUUCCAACCAUUAUCUCUACUCCUCCACCCCUCUGUCAUCCUUUCUCCCUAUCGCUCUCCCUCCUUCCCUCAUUCCCAGUCAUCUCUCAAGUCGUAAAAAUGAUUUGCAUGCAGGAGGAGAGCAGAAGUUUGCAGUGAGCACACUAAGUGAAUUGGGAGAGAGUAAGGGAGAGAAGUAAAGGAAAGACUGAAAAAGGAGAGGAAGCGCAUUCUGGAGAGCGGGAGGAAAAGUUUAAAGAGAAGACUGCAGUUGAAAAUGAGUUUGGAGGAGACGUGGUGAGCCGUUCCUCUCCAGCUGAACGUCGGUAGGUCACUGUGGAAGCAGAGGUCCGGACCAAGAGAGCCGUCUCGACCCCAAACCCUUUCAGAUGGAGGUGGAUGCAGACGAUAAGCACCAUCGAACACGCUCCAAAGUGCCUGUGGAUCCAGCAUUAACAGAGCUUUUCAGUGUGUACGGCUGCCCCCGGGCCAAGAAGAGAAAGAGUCUAGACAGACAAAUCCUGGAAACCUCCCCCAAGAGGAGCACCUACCUAGAUGACAUGGACAACUCCACCAUGGAGGAGUGCUACGAGACCGACGGCACAGAGGAGAUGGACGACCGGGAGGAAGAGGAGGAGGAGGAAGGAGCAGUAGAGGAGGAAGAGGAGGGAGAAGUGGAGGAGGAAGUGGAGGAGGUGGAGGGCUACAUGGACUACAACGUAGAGCAAAUGGAGCACGAAGAAGGGGUGGUGGAGAGAGGGGACGGAGAGGGCGAGGAAGAGGAGGAGGAAGAGGAGGUCGAGGUGGAGCAAGAAGAGGAGGAAGAGGGUGAUGAGGAGAGGUUGGAGGAGGCGGAGGAGGCGGAGGAAGAGGAGGAAGUGUUAGAGGAGGUGGACUAUGAAGAGGGAGAGGAGGAGGAAGGAGAGCAGAGUCAAGGACAAGUUGCCAACGACUCAGUAGAUAAUCCAGGAAGUUACUGCGCCCAGGCAAGAAACAGUUUGGCACCAAACCACCUGUAA